AUGAGAGAGAGGGAAGCAGCAAAGAGAGAAAGAGAGAUAAAGAAGCAGCAGCAAGCAGCAGCAGCAGCAGCAUCACCAUCACAGGGUAGCCGCAUGCAAGGACGUAAGACAGGAGCAGCAGCAGGAGCAGCAGCAGCAAAAGGGAAAGGAGAUGAUGCUGCUGCUGCAGCACAGCAGCAACCAACAUCUGCACCAGUAACACCAAGAGGGGAACUACUAAGAAGGACAGACAGCAACUCGCGUAUUCCUCCUGCUGCUCCUGCUGCUGCUGCUGCUGCUGCUGGUCUUGCGUCACCUAGAGGACGGUUAGUAGCAGCAGCAGCAACAGCAACAGCAGCAGGUAAACCAGCAGCAGCAGGUGAAUCAUCAACAGCAGAAUCACCAGCAGCUGCAGCAGCAGGAGGACUAUCUCCUGCUGCAGCAGCAGCAGAAUCUCCUGCAGCAGGAACACUAUCUCCUACACCAGCAGCAGCAGCAGCAGAAUCUCCUGCAGCAGCAGCAGGAGCAGCAGUGUCUCCACUACCAUCAGCAGCACGAUCGCCAGCAGCAGAGUCUCCACUACCAACAUCACGAGGAAGCUUAGCAGCAGCAGCAGCAACAGCAGCAGCAGCAGCAGCAGCUGACGAGAGGUUAUUGGAGUCUAGGGUGUCCUCCCCUCAGCCGUCAGUAAAUGAUGAGGCAUCUGCUGCUUCUCCUGCUGCUGCUUCUCCUGCUGCUGCUGCUGGUGAACGUGCUGCCCCUAGCAGCGCCGCAGCAUCACCGCAGCAAGAGCAGCAGCAACAGCAGCAACAGCAGCAGCAGCAGCAGCAGCUCCAGCGGCCUGAAACUCUGGCUUGGCUGUUCGCGAGGACCCCAGGCCGGCGGCCGCAUGCAGCAAUGCAGCUCCACAAUGAACAAUCUGCUGCUGCUGCUGCUGCUGCUGCAGCAGCAGCAGCAGCAGAACAGACGGAUGACUCGGAGGAGUUAACUCCUGUUGGUAGCCCAGGGAUUGAGGGAAGAGCGCAGCAGCCGCCUGCCUUCGCCAGUGGGUCUCUUAGCAGCAGCAGCAGCAGCAGCAGCGGCUGCAGCAGCAGCAGCGGCUGCAACGGGGUGAUUAGAGAGGGUUUGCAUCAAGGAAGCAGUGAUGAAUGUAGGAGUCCAGCAACAGCAGCAGCAAGUGCAAGUGCAGCAGUAGCUGCAGCAGCAGCAGCAGCAGCAUCAGCAGCAGCAGCAGCUGCUGCAGCAGCAAGUGCUGGAAUAGGUGUAAAGGGUGAUGGAAAGCAGCUCCUUUCUCCUACAUUGACAGCAGAUAACAGUGCAGCAGCAGCAGCAGCAAGCGCAGCAGCAGCAGCAGCAGCAAGUGCAUCAGCAGCAAGCUGCAGGACCAGCAGCAGCGGCAAUGAGUCCGACAGUUCCUCUAGGGGAGCAGAAGACAGCCCGUUGUCUGACUGCAGCAGCAACACAACAGCAGCAGCAGCAACAGCAGCAGCAAGAGGAGAAACAAAGGAUCAAGGGGCUGAGUGGCUGCUGCUGCUGCAGCAGCAGCAGCAGAGGAGGAAGGGCAGCAGGAGCCGCAGCAGCAGCAGAGAACGAUUACCUUCUUAUCCUUAUAUUGCAUGCAAGAAGAUGUAUGCCCCCCGUACAAGACGGAGGCCGCUGCUGCUGCAGCAGGGGCCCCGUCGUGGCUCUGCUGCUGCUGCUGCUGCUGCUGCUGCUGGAGCGCAUGCACUGUCAGCCCCACCAGCAGGAGCAGUAAGAAGGAUGAGAGCAGCAGCAGCACACCAUCAAAUAAUGUUUAAGAAUCAUUUAGCCCACAAGCAGCAGCAGCAGCAACUGCUGCAGCAGCAGCAGCAGCAACUGCAGCAUCAAUACCAAAUGCUUAAACUGCAGCGGCAGCAACGUAAACAAAUAAAUCAGCAGCAGCCGCAGCAGCAAGAAGAGCAGCAGCAGCAGCAGCAAGAACAGCAGCAGCUGCAACAACAGCACGUGGUGCCUAGGCUGCAGCUGCCGCUGCAGCAGGAGGGGCAGCAACAGCAACAGCAGCAACUCCAGCAGCAGCAACCGCGGCAGCAGGAGCAGCAGCAGUUGCUGAAGCAACAACAGGAACCGCAGCUGAAUCAACAGCAGCAGGAAGCUCCUCAGCAGCAACAGCAGCAGGCACAGCAGCAGGAGCUGCAGCAGCAAGAGCAGCAAAAGCUGCACGAGCCGCAAGAGCAGCAGCUGCUGCAAAAACAUCAACAACAGCAGCAGCAAGACCAGCAACAGCAUCAACAACAAGAACAACAACAACAACAACAGCAGCAGCAACAGCUGCAAGAGCAGCAACAGCAGCAGCAGCAGCAGCAGCAGCAGAUUGAGACCCCGAUAGUGCAGCACGGCGAAUAG